UCCUCAUCCUCAACCUCUCCACGACCAAGAAGAGAAGAAAAUAAAGAAAAAUCAGCUGAAACGAUGGCGAGUUCGACGGGGUCGCCUACACCUCCGGCUCCCAAGAUCCUGUUGGCGAAACCUGGGCUCGUGUCUGGUGCAUCCAUCGCCCCUAAGUUCGGACGAGGCGCUCCCAGCGACGACGACGCCGCCUCCCUCCGCCCUCGCCUCCCCCCGAUUGGAUCCCUCAAUCUCCUCUCCGACUCUUGGGAUUUCCACUUUGACCGCUUUCUCCCUUUUCUGACCGAGAACACCGACUUCACUGUGAUUGGCGUGAUUGGCCCGGCUGGGGUGGGUAAGUCCACCAUCAUGAAUCAGCUCUAUGGCUUCGAUCCCACUUCUCCAGGAAUGUUACCUCCUUUUGCAACGCAGUCAGAGGAUACUAGAGCAAUGGCAAAGCAUUGUUCUAGUGGCAUUGAGCCCAGAGUUUCUGCUGAUCGUCUUAUACUUCUCGACACCCAGCCAGUAUUUAGCCCUUCUGUAUUGGCUGAGAUGAUAAGACCAGAUGGCUCCUCAACCAUUCCAGUUCUAGGCAAUGAAUCUCUGUCGGCAGAAUUGGCACAUGAAAUCACGAGCAUUCAGCUUGGUGUUCUACUGUCGUCCAUUUGCCACAUCCUGCUGAUAGUAUCUGAGGGAGUACAUGAUAACAGCAUGUGGCGUCUGAUGUUGACGGUUGACCUCUUGAAACAUGGCAUACCUGAUCCGUCUUCUCUUAUACCUACACAUACGCAAACAACUAAUUUGGGGCUUGAGAAGGAAUAUAAGGACAAACUUUUAGGACGUGAAGAAUACAUGGCUGCUCCAGUUUUUGUACACACAAAGCUCCAUGAUCAAGAGAUGAAUCCGCGUAGCAUUGUGUAUUUGAGGAAGGCCUUUGCACAAUGUUUUAGAUCCUCUUCUUUCAUGCGAGAGAAGCAUGACGAAGAAGCUAAACUCAUUGAAUAUGUGUCUGCCUGCACUGAUAGCAAUGUCCGGGGAUCAACAUUGCCCAAUAUAUCUUUGAUACCAUCUAAGAACAGUGAUGACUCUUCAGAACCUCUGUAUGAGAGUUACAAUUCUGCAUUGUGGAAGCUUAGGGAUCAGGUUCUGUCUAUGAGCGGCCCGACUUUUACAAGGACUGUGUCUGAACGAGAUUGGUUGAGAAAUUCCGCAAAGAUAUGGGAAUUGGUGAAGAAUUCAUCAAUCAUUGGAGAAUAUGCGAAGACACUGCAAAACUCAGGCACUUUUAGGAGGUAGAUUCUACUGUUUAUCUGCUUGCGGCAUUGAGGUGGGUGCAUGUCUCAAGUGCAGCAUUCUGUGAGGUAUCCUUGCAGCUUGACAGUAAUGUUGUGGUUUCAGGGAGUUAGAAUGAUAUUGGGCUUGCACAGUUUCUUAGACUACGGCCGCCCUUUUUUCUGGAGUAAUAUACUUAGUUUUCGAGUAUACAUAGAUGUACUACCAAUCUGUGUCGUGCUCUAUUUACUGC